UACCCUAAGACCAAAGAUCGCCAGUGUCCUGCGAAACAACUGUGGUUCCACCUGACCACAGGUCCACGUGGCCCACCCUCUAUACCUGGAGACCCUGGAUCACCUGGUCAACCAGGAGCCAAUGGUCCGCCUGGUCCACCUGGUGUACCAGGAAGGCCAGGAAUACCUGGACCCCGUGGUGAGCCAGGGCCCCCAGGACAACCAGGAGAACCUGGACCGCCAGGAAGACCUGGUCCACCAGGAAACCCAGGAGCGGAAGGCGCCCCAGGAGAUCGUGGAGCAGAUGGUAAACGUGGAGCUUGCGAUCAUUGUCCUCCUCCGAGAACUGCACCUGGAUAUUUCCAAUAA